AAUGGUCCGACUGGUGUGACAUCACAGUGUCUCCUGCAGAUACAUAUAUAAGUAGUGAAGUUGUGAGAGUGUGACAGACUGAAGGAGAAGCAGCAGAUUGUUUCCUCUGAAGCCACAAAGACUCUUCACUUCGACCUGCAGAGCAUCAGACAGAUCCACAUCAUUUCAGCAGAAAUCUGACAAUGAAGCUGACUUUGUCCACUAGAAGCCAAACUGUUAAUUCAAACCUGACAACGUCUCUUCUGUUCCAGGUGGUAUCAGUCGUCCUCGUCGUCCUCCUGGCUCCACUGGUGACCAGCAGCUACAAGCUCGUCCUCCCUCUGGACUGCAGCGAAAUCUAUAAUCAUGACCACAGCCGACCGAGCGGAGUGUACACCAUCUAUCCCAUCGGAUCCACGUCUGCUGUCCAGGUGUACUGUGACAUGGUUUCAGAAGGAGGAAAGUGGACGGUGUUCCAGAGGAGGAUGGACGGCUCGGUGAACUUCUACAGGCCCUGGGACCACUACAAGAUGGGCUUUGGUAGCGCUGCUGGAGAGUACUGGCUGGGUCUUGAGAAUCUCUUCCAGCUGACUCAGAGGAAAAGGUACGAGCUGCUGGUCGACAUGGAGGACUUCAUUGGGAAGAAAGUGUUCGCUCGUUACUCCUCGUUCACCAUCGACUCAGAGUCCUACGGAUACAAACUGCAUGUGUCUGGAUUCACUAAUGGAGGAGCAGGAGACGCCCUGAAUCAUCAUAACGGGCGGAAGUUCUCCACCUUCGACAAAGACCAGGACUCCCAUAGUAAGAACUGUGCCAGACUGUACUUGGGGGCGUUCUGGUACGGUGUGUGUCACAACACAAACCCCAACGGGGUAUAUCGUUGGGGGGCUGACAGCACUCUCUUUGCUGUUGGAGUGGAAUGGAAGCCUUGGAAGGGUUAUGACUACUCCCUGAAGACCAUCAGCAUGAAGAUCCGUCCGGUGCAUUAGUUCUCAGGACCAACCUACAGCAGAAUAUCAUCAGUUGAUUUCUUGUGAUUUCUUUCUCUUUCUCUCACUAAUCAUGUAAUCUCACAACGGGCCGGUGGAAAAUGGAAAGCAGGGCCCAUAAUCUUUAACUGGAAACAGAUAUAUAGAGUCUGUGUCACUUCAAAAAUCUAAAUAAAGAAACUAAGCAUUAAAAAAAGUGUGUGUGUGAGAAGCUU